CCAUCCUACGUUGCGUCUUCUAUCUUCUACUUGCUCUCGCAUACACCAUCACCUUCCGAAUAGCAACUGCAUAUCCCUAUUUACUCAGUGAGGAUGGUACCCCUAAAACUGCUUCUAGCGAUAGGCCUAGCGAUGGCGUUGCAGCUGGUUCAUGGCGCACAGCCUCCAUUAUACAAUAAGGCCAUAUGCGCCGCUCCCCAGUGCAUUCUUACAGCUGCUUCGAUUUUGCAAGAUAUGGAUCCUAACGUUGAUCCAUGCGAGGAUUUUAGCGCAUACACAUGUGGUGGAUUCGCGAACCGGGAAGAGAUACCGGCCGAUCAAGAGUCUACUAGCUACUUUCGUAUCCUAAGCGAUGAGAACAAUCAAAUCAUCCGUUCCAUUGUCGAUGCUGAGAGUGUAAAGGCGCCGCAGGUUUCGAGUGAUGAUGAAGCAUCCCAGCGAAAUAUCCAAAAGCUAAGGAACUUGUACACCAGUUGCAUGGAUGAAGCACAGAGUGCCGAAGCAGGGCGCCAACCUUUAAUGGACGAGGUUCAGAAAUUACUCGAGGUGUUCCCUGUCACUGGGAGUAUUUUAACACCAUCUCCAGACGCAGAGUCAAUGCUCUCCUCACCUGUGGGUGCUGUGAACAGGAACGCUUUGUCAUUAGCACUAUCAUAUUUCAACAAAAUAGGGCUGGAUUUAUUCAGUUCUUUUGGAGUCACAACAGACCUCAAAGAUCCGAACCGACAUGUCCUCAGGCUCACUGAGGGAGGGCUCGGACUUCCUUCCAAGGAGUAUUAUUUGGAUGACAGGAUCAUUAGCAUUUACGAAGCGACUGCUAGCAAAAUGUUCAAUCUAAUCUUGGGCGAAGACACAAACGUCUCCUCAUCCUCAACAGGCAAGACCACCGAACUGCCCAUUAAAUGGACAGGCAUCGGUAACGAUGUUAUGAACUUUGAAAAGCAGUUGGCAGCCAUUUCAACACCCAAGAAGGACUUGCGCAACUCGGAAAAAACAUACAACCCAUUUUCUAUCGACCAGAUCUCCUCGAUGACGCCCUCAGUCGACUGGUCCUUUGUCCUCAAAAACUUGUUACCCACCGACGUUGAUACCCCGAACAUCAUCGUUGUUACGUCUCCAAUUUUCCAGACAAAGCUUGAGUCCCUUCUUCAAAAGACGUCGCCUCAAACGCUGCAAAACUACAUGAUUUGGAGUGUCAUCCGCCAGAUGGCAGGUUAUCUCGCCGAGCGCUACAAGCGACCAAUGCGUGAAUUAAACGCGGCCUUAGCUGGUAUCUCCCCCGAUGUUAUUCCAGAGCGCUGGAAGUACUGUGUCUCGAUUGUCAACGAUCGAUUAGGUCAAAUGGCUGGCCAUUAUUUUGUCAAAGAAUCUUUCAAGGGGAGCAGCCGUACUCAGGUUUAUGACAUGGUCGAGACAAUUCGCUCAACCUACCUCAAAAAUCUCCCUGAACUGGAUUGGCUGGACGAACCGACUGUAGCGGGAGCGGUCAAGAAAAUGAAGGCAAUAGCUCAACUGAUUGGUUUCUCAACGGAUGCUCCUAACGUGGCAUCGUCAGAGUCCCUGGAGGAGUACUUCAAAGGAUAUAGUGUCGAUCCGAUGGAUUACUUUGGGAACAUGAUGCGAGGGGGUCUGUGGGAGACAGAGAGCUCAUUCAAGGAGCUCAGCGAACGUGUGAACAAGUUGCAGAUGCACAUGUCGUCUCAAACUGUGAACGCAUACUACUCUCCGACGCAGAACCAGAUUGUCUUUCCAGCCGGCAUUCUCCAGCCGCCUUUCUUCCACGCAGAUAAUCCUGAGUAUGUCAACUAUGGAAGUAUCGGUGUGGUGGCCGGACAUGAGAUCACGCAUGGGUUCGAUAAUAUGGGCCAUUUGUUUGAUUCAGAAGGUCGUCUGAUAAACUGGUGGACCAAAGCAACUACGGACGCGUUUGACAGCAAAGCACAGUGCUUUGUGGAGCAGUAUGGGAACUUUACGAUUCUAGGACCUGAUGGUAAAAAUUACCAUGUGGAUGGACAGCUCACAUUAGGGGAGAACAUUGCCGAUAACGGAGGCUUGAAGAACUCUCACGAGGCAUGGCAGGCACGAUUCAAUUCUGACCCUGCAGGCUGGAGGUACAAGAACUUCAGGCUACCAGGUCUGGACCGUUAUACACCCGAGCAAUUGUUUUUUAUUUCGUAUGCGCGCCUGUGGUGCAGCAAGCAGAGGCCAGAAGCAUUGGUCCGGCAGCUGAGGACCGAUCCACAUGGUCCAGCCAAAUGGCGUAUCAAUGGCGCGGUGCAGAAUUCUGUCGCGUUUGCCAGGGCAUUCAGCUGCCCUACCGGUGCACCUAUGAACCCAGAGAGGAAGUGCGGCCUCUGGUAGGAUGGGCCGACCGAGUGCAGACACAAGGACAAGAUUGCAGUGGCGCGAUUCCACAAGACAACAGCAACAAACAGCAAUAAACAAUAGGUAGCAUGCAAGACGGCGUAAUUUUUUUUAUCA